AUGCAGUUCACCAUCGCCGCCAUUGCUGCCUUCGCCGCCUCUGCCUCUGCUAUGGCCCUUAACACCACUGCCCCUGCUGGCCCCGUCUACGUCACUGAGGUCGUUACCCACCUCACGACUUUCUGCCCGGCCAGCACUGUUGUCACUGCCGGCUCCCACACCAUCACCGUUAGCUCUGCUACUACCCUUACUAUCAGCAACUGCGAUUGCACUAUUGUGAAGACUAGCACUCCUGCCGCCCCUACUGCCCCCGUUGCCACUGCCCCCGUUGUCACCGCUCCCUACAACAACGGUACCAUGGCCACCAAGACCAUGGGUAUGGCCUCUGGCACUGGCGCCGGUGCUUCCAGCACCAAGCCCGCCCACUUCACCGGUGCCGCUUCCUCCAUGAACGUCGCUGGUGCCGCCGCUGCCGCCCUCGGCAUGGCCGCUCUCAUCCUCUAA